GUUGUGCGCGCGUGUCGGACACACCGCUCGGUGACUAUAGCAAAUGUUCAGAUAAAAAAAUAAAACAAAACAGAAAAGGAACUAAAAAAUGGAUUACCACCUUCGCUCUUUGUUCUCUUAUUUAUUUAUUAACAGUAUAUUUAUUCUAAUCCAAGCCAAGGAACACAUUCUGCUGGAUAUGAAGGCGUCUGGAGGAGAGCUGGGCUGGCUGACUUCACCAAAUGAAGAAGGGUGGGAAGUUGUCCAGACAGUGGUGAAUGGCUCCCUCCUUUACACCUACAGCGUGUGUAAUGUGGCCUCUGACACUGAACAGGACAAUUGGCUUCGUACCACCUUCAUCCAGCGUCCUCUUGAAGCCUCGCGUGUCUCUGUGGAGCUGCGUUUUGUUGUCCGUGACUGCAACACUUUUGAUGGCACCUCGCCCUCUUGCCGUGAAACCUUCGGCCUCUACCUGUAUGAAACGGACAUGGACGUGGGCACCAGUUUCCGGAAAGGUCAGUUCCGUAAGAUCGCCACAGUGGCCCCAGAUGAAGUGACAGCAAAGAGGGGUGGUGGAGGAUCAUCACUGAGGGUGAAUAUGGAGACGCGGAGCAUUGGACCACUAUCUAGACGAGGCUUCUACCUGGCUUUUCAAGACGUAGGUGCCUGUGUGGCUCUGUUGGACGUGAGGGUGUUCUACACCACCUGUUCGGCCGUCCAGCGCAACCUGGCUACUUUUCCUGAGCGUGUGACUGCAACAGCUCUAACAGAGGUGGAGGGAUCAUGUGUGAAAAAUGCAGUGACCGUUGGCCAGGCACCUCCUCGCAUGUACUGCACAGCUGAAGGAGAAUGGGUGGUUCCUGUCGGGCAGUGCUACUGCAGAGCCGGCUAUCAGGCUGUGGGACAGACCUGCCAAGCAUGUGAUGGAGGCUAUUACAAGAGCUCAGAUUCCAGCCAGCCGUGUGAAGUCUGUCCAGCAAACACACAGCACUCAGGUCCUGGUGCACUCCAGUGUCCCUGCUUGGAAGGAUUUUACCGAGCAGCCACAGACCCCAGCUCUGCUCCAUGUUCUAGUCCACCUACUCCACCAGAAGACCUGAAGGCCGCUCAUCGCCUAACAGCAGGGAGCGUACAGCUGACCUGGAGACCUCCAUCUAACACAGGUGGCAGGACUGACAUUGUAUACAAUGUGGUGUGUGAGCGUUGUAAUGGUGCCAUUUGUGCACCGUGUGGAGGGAGGGUGCGCUUCGAGCCUACACAUACAUCUCUACGUGAGCCGGAGGUUAUAGUCAGUGAGCUUGAGCCUCACAUCAACUACACAUUCAAAGUGGAAGCCUUGAAUGGAGUGUCCCAUUUGAGCCCUCAAAAAUCAACUGCCAGCAUCACAACUGUGCUACACUUCACAGAGCCUCCUAAGGUAACAUUCCUCCGAGUAGUGGAUCGUACCCCUAGUAGUCUUUCUCUGUCCUGGGCUGUGGACCAACACACAACUUCCCAUCAUUCUCCUCACUAUGAGCUUAUGUACCGCAUGAAGGACAAUAAGGGAGAGCAGGACGUCACCACAUACAAUGUUCUGAGGUUGGACAAGAACUCGGUGCAGAUUAGUGACCUCUUACCUGGCACUAAGUAUGUGUUCCGUGUUCAGACUUUAACACCAGAGGGCCAUCCUAGCAGCCAGAGUGCAGAACACGAAUUUGAGACCCUGCCCAUGGCUGAGUCGCAUGCACAGGGCAGUUCCAUGAUUGUCAUGGGAGCCAUUGCUGGAGGCGGUGUCAUGUUGCUUAUCGUGGUGGUCAUUUUACUUCUACACAAAAGGAGGCUAAAUUCACGCAUCCGGCAGAGAACAGGGGGCAACUACUUCUCGUGUCCAGAAAAACAUCAGCCUCUGAAGACCUAUGUGGACCCACACACCUAUGAGGACCCCUGCACGGCUAUCCUUAAGUUUGCCAGUGAAAUUCAGCCCAAUCACAUUACUAAGCAGAAAGUCAUUGGAGCAGGAGAGUUUGGUGAAGUGUACCGUGGUGUCCUGAAGCAGCCAGGCCGUAAUGAGGUGGCCGUUGCAAUAAAGACACUGAAACCUGGCUACACAGAAAAGCAGAGGCAGGAAUUCCUGAGCGAGGCCAGCAUCAUGGGCCAGUUCUCCCAUCAGAACAUCAUUCGUCUGGAGGGGGUUGUCACCAAAUUCAAACAUGCUAUGAUAGUCACAGAGUACAUGGAAAAUGGAGCUCUGGAUCAGUACUUGCGGGACCAUGAUGAGGAGUUGUCCUCAUACCAGUUGGUGGGCAUGCUUAGUGGCAUUGCAGCAGGGAUGAAGUAUCUGUCAGAUAUGAACUACGUGCACAGAGAUCUAGCUGCACGCAACAUCCUGGUAAAUGGAAACCUGGAAUGCAAAGUGUCAGACUUUGGGCUGUCACGCGUGUUAGAAGACUAUCCGGAAGGCACCUAUACCACCACUGGAGGAAAGAUUCCCAUUCGUUGGACAGCACCAGAGGCCAUAGCGUACAGGAAGUUCACCUCUGCCAGUGAUGUGUGGAGUUUUGGUAUUGUCAUGUGGGAGGUGAUGGCUUUUGGAGAGAGACCCUACUGGGACAUGAGCAAUCAUGAGGUUAUGAAGUCCAUACACGAAGGGUUCAGACUGCCGGCACCGAUGGACUGUCCAUCUGCUAUUUACCAGUUAAUGCUACAGUGCUGGAUGCAGGACCACUCCAAACGCCCACGCUUCCUCGAUAUUGUCAAUGUUCUGGACAAACUACUGCGCAGUCCUGAGUCCCUUACAGCAGUUGCCAACAUAGACCUACGAGUGUCUAUUCGCCUGCCUAGCACUAGUGGAAAUGAUGGCAGCCCCUUCAGGUCUGUGGAUGAAUGGUUAGAGUCUAUGAAGAUGGACCAGUAUAAAGAAGCCUUUGCCCAUGCUGGAAUUGCCACCAUGGAGCAGGUGUUGCACUUGAAGAUUGAGGAUAUCAAGAAGAUUGGGGUGCGGUUGCCAGGUCAUCAGAAAAGAAUGGCCUACAGCAUUCUGGGUCUUCAGGAGCCCACUGCAGGUCCCGUGGAUGUCUUUGCAGUGUGACACUAAGAUUCAUCACCAGAGCUGCAUUCUACUAAACUCUUAAUGAACACAGCCAAACUGGCCUCAGAUCUUAAACUCAGUUUGCACUGGGCUGGUUGACAAAUAUGCAGAAUGCCCCUCUCUACUGAAAUGGACUCCCAUUGUGAAUAAAUGGACCAAUUAGCAAUUGAAUAAUGACUGAAAAUUGACCUGAUAUUUUUACUGUUAUUUUUUCACUGUUGUGCAUUUUAUAACUGUAUACAGUUUUGUGACAAAACUCCUUUGUGUGCCCUCAUUUCAAAUGCUGGCCAAAUUGAAAGUUUAGCUUGAUGUUUAAUUGCACAUCAGGAGUGUGGCACUACAGAACAUCUGUCAAGGGCGGGUGGUAAACUAAGAGAGCUAUGAGUUUUGUAUUACAAAUAACUCAUUGAACAUGUUGAGAUUUAUUUUAGUUUUUUUGUAGUAUAAAGGUUAGAAUCUAGAUAGCAGAUGCUUAAACCAUUGAAUAUGUCUAAAAAUUAAACUGAAGGGUAUAUUCUAUACCAUAAUGAGAGACAAUAUGUUUACAUAUAUUAUUUCAGCUCUUUUUUGAUUAUUUAAUAUUUAUUGUGUGUUUUUUAUUUAUUGUCUGUUUGUAGAGCUGUUGUCUAAAGUGUUCAAAUGUUCCAUAAAUAUUGUGUAAUUAUUAAAUGCUGAUAUUUAAUCCA